UGUGCCCACCACGGUACAUCACCUCCAUCCAUCCCUGCAAAUACGGACGCAGGAGUAGAGGCGGCAACCGGACUCCCGAAGACAGACGUGGGGCAGCGGCUGUGACUGCAUCUCCAGCUACAACAACAGGUCGCCUUUUUGAGAGUCCUUUGGCGGGAAGGGCUACUUGGAAAGGGAAGGUUUGAAAGAGCAAAAAGAGAAGGUGGAAGGGUUCCCUGAUUCGGCAAAAGAAUACCACUGGGUGACUCUUCUUCCUCUUCUCUAUCCUACACUCCACAUACUGACCCCGUAUUGUCAGACUGUGUCAGGGGAGAAAUCAAAGACACCUGUUUGAAGAAAUUGCUGCAUUUAAAGUCACCCGUGUGCUUACUUGUGCCGGAAGGUGGCCUGGUCCAACUGCUAGAAGAGGCUUGCUUGGUCAGGUUCUGCUGUGGGUGAUUGUUCGGACGUUGUGUUUUUUUGAUGUUGUUAUUCCAAAUGCCUGUCUUUGAGUGCAACUUGCCCUUCUGAGAACUGUGACUUCAGCAGUUCUUCAGCAGUCCUACCUUGGAAUAAGAUACCUCAGGACCACGUUUCUCAGUAAGGUUUUCUGUUUUGUUUUGUUUUGACGGGAGGAAUUGGGUGAUUGUGGCUACUUUGGUUGGCCCACUGUAGAAGCCUGGUUACCCUUCUGGCCUCCACUUCGAGGAACCAUGGCGGCAGGUGUAGCAGCGUGGCUGCCCUUUGCAAGGGCCGCGGCCAUCGGGUGGAUGCCUGUGGCCUCGGGGCCCAUGCCAGCUCCCCCGAGGCAGGAAAGGAAGAGGACUCAAGAUGCUCUAAUUGUGCUGAAUGUGAGUGGCACCCGUUUCCAGACGUGGCAGGACACCCUGGAACGUUACCCAGACACUCUGCUGGGCAGUUCUGAGAGGGACUUUUUCUACCAUCCAGAGACUCAGCAGUAUUUCUUCGACCGUGACCCAGACAUCUUCCGCCACAUCCUGAACUUCUACCGCACUGGGAAGCUCCACUAUCCCCGCCAUGAGUGCAUCUCGGCUUAUGAUGAAGAACUGGCCUUCUUUGGCCUCAUCCCGGAAAUUAUUGGCGACUGCUGUUAUGAGGAGUACAAGGACCGCAGGCGAGAGAACGCAGAGCGCCUGCAGGACGAUGCCGACACCGACAACACGGGGGAGAGCGCGCUGCCCACCAUGACUGCUCGGCAGCGGGUCUGGCGGGCGUUUGAGAACCCCCACACCAGCACGAUGGCCCUGGUGUUCUACUAUGUGACGGGCUUCUUCAUUGCCGUCUCAGUCAUUGCCAACGUGGUGGAAACAGUGCCGUGUGGGUCUAGCCCCGGCCACAUCAAGGAACUGCCCUGUGGGGAGCGCUAUGCCGUGGCCUUCUUCUGCUUGGACACAGCCUGCGUCAUGAUCUUCACAGUCGAGUACUUGCUUCGCCUGGCUGCAGCCCCUAGUCGUUACCGUUUUGUGCGUAGUGUCAUGAGUAUCAUCGACGUGGUGGCCAUCCUGCCUUAUUACAUUGGGCUGGUGAUGACAGACAAUGAGGAUGUCAGUGGAGCCUUUGUUACGCUCCGAGUCUUCCGGGUCUUCAGGAUCUUUAAGUUUUCCCGCCACUCUCAAGGCCUGCGCAUCCUGGGGUACACACUGAAGAGCUGUGCCUCGGAAUUGGGCUUCUUGCUCUUCUCGCUUACUAUGGCUAUCAUCAUCUUCGCUACAGUUAUGUUCUACGCAGAGAAGGGGUCUUCAGCCAGCAAGUUCACUAGCAUCCCUGCAGCCUUCUGGUAUACCAUCGUCACCAUGACAACACUAGGGUAG